UGCCAUUCAAACACUGACUUCCUCCUCUCAAGAACUUUCAGUCAUCCUUUGCGCCAUCUUGGCGCGAUGUCUGCCUCCCUCGAGGAAUUUGUCGAGCUUCUGUCCUCGGAGCAACACGUCGACAUCUCCCGACUUCGCCACCUAGCGCGCCAUGGCAUCCAUCCGGCGGUACGCGGUGAAGUGUGGAUGUACCUCCUGGGAGUGCUUUCUGCCGACAAGUCGCAGGAGAUGACCUCAGUCCGAGCGCUUUACAACGCCUAUGAUGCGCUGCUUAGCCACUGUCAGGUUGAGCCCGAGGUGAGGGCCAGUAUUGAAGUACAGGCGAAUAGGGUAUGGAGGGGCAGGGUGACGCCCCUUGAGGCGAGGGAUGGAGAUGCUGGCCAGAAGGGUUCGAAAGCGAUGCCCAGAACGAGGGAAGGAGCUGUAGUCUACAGCCAAGAGCCGACGAUCAUGGCACGAAAGAAGCGAUCUCAGCUUGUGCCCGUUGCACCUAUGAAUCUCGAGCCCGUCGGUUUGGCGGCAAGCUCAAGCAGCUCCUCUUACCCAGGCUCCAGCACAAGAUCUCAACCUCCCUCCCCGGGCCCAUCAUCCUCUUCUUCUUCCUCAACUACCUCUUCGUCCUCCUCAGCUCCUCAGCCUCCCCCUCUCUCCGCGGCUGAGCGCGAGCACGAAGAACAGCGCAUCGCCUUCGUUCGUCGGGUGACGAACAUCGUUGGCGUAUACAUUGCAAAGCAGGCGCAUGACAAGUGUGAGGCGAGAAAAUUGAGGAAACGACUCGCGCAAGAGCAGAGAAGGAGGGCUCAGCAGCAGCAACAAGGAGCCGUAGCUCAGUCACCCGGAUCGGACUCGGACAAGUCGGAUAUGACGCAUCGUGGCGCUCACGAGCUACCGACCUCGCCGCUGCCUCAGGUCAAUGUGGCUCAUGUCGGGCAUGACGACGGCUCCGCAUACACUGAAAGCCCACGGCGCUCCUUCAGCCGCAGCUCAAGCGGCGGUAGUAGUUCGCAAGGCAGCGGACAGGCACACGAAGCGAACAUACGAAUGCCCGAGAAUGUCAUCGUCGACGAGGACGAGGAAGGAAUUCAAGGCUCUCCCGAAGAGCCCCUCUUCGACCCCGCCAUGGGAAUGGGCGUAGACGACUCGCCGCUGGAUGAAGAGUACCCAGACGAGCUUGCGAGCUCCAGCAAUGGCGGGCCAGGCUUCUCAUCACGGUCCCGUGGUUCGAGCAAGAAGGGCACGCCUAGGAUGGGCGGUGGUGCGCAGCCAAGCGACGAUGGCAGUGAUGGUGGGAAGCGUCAUCGCAGUCACUCAUCACGGAGACGGAGAAGGAUAGGUCAUAGCAGGCACAGCUCGAGCGGGAGUGAAGAUGGAAGUGGGUCCUCAUCGCAGUGGUCGGCGGAUGAGGGGCAGGGUGUCCAUGGCAGAGCCAGGUCCAGCAACAAGCACAACGGCCUCGGCCUGGGUCUGGACGACUCGACGCUUCUUCGCACACCGAUAGCGGGCAGGACCACACGGUCGGGCAGUAGGACGCCUCAUCAGGUGCAGCCUACGCCCUCCUUUCCCCAGACGGGCGGACAAAAGCGUCCACACCAGGUGCGGUCAGGCUACUCCUCGCCAUUGCGGAGCAAUCAGAGGUCGGGCUGGCAAGAUCGAUCGCCGCCCAUGCCCCUCUCGCCAGGUGUCUCACAGAGUCGCUCGAGGACCACCUCGCGAUUCAGACGUCACCACCGCAGCCGCACCAGCGGGUCGCGAUCUUCGCCCUCCUCCCCUCGUCCACAAUCAAGCGAUGAAGCAGACAGCGACGACGAUAGUGGCUCCGGCUCCGGCUCCUCCUCCUCAUCAUCAUCUGCCGCUCUUGACGAGCACGAAGCAGAAUUGCAGCGCCGCCUCUUCUCCCCCCACCUGAUCCAUCUCUGCUCUCCUCUCGCGCUCGUCUCUCUUACCAAGCGAGUCGAAGCAGGAGUGUACUUCGCCUUUCACCGAUUGGUCCACUUGGUUUCCCUCUCUCCCGCGGAGCAUGCACAUCAGCUUUCCGUUUUCCAUUCGCUGUUCAGGAGAACGCUGCCGGACUUGAAGGCCUACUUCGAAGAGGAGGGAGUGGAUGUGACUCCUUUUGUGGGGAAGUGGUUGAAGGGACUGCUAGCGGGGGAGGGUAUGCGGCUGGAUCGCGAAGGAAGUGGUGGGGUCGUGCGGUUGUGGGAUGCUUACUUUGCGAGGGUCAGGAAGAGCGAUUGGGAGCCCUUAGACGGAAAGGGGAAAGGGCGGAGCGAGGGUAACGUCGAGAAUGACAAGACCUCCCACACCCGAGGGAACGGAGAGGACAAACAGCAACUUUCCUCGUCCACAGCAGAGACACACCACUCAGCGAACGAUGAGCCGCAUGCCAGGUCGGAACGUGAGGACAAGCAUCAUCCACACCACUCCGCUCACUCCAGUAGCACAGAUCGCGAGCCUCUCUCCCUCCACCUCUACGUCUGCCUCUCUGUACUUCAGCACUGCAAGGACACCCUCGAGGAGCUGGACGGGAGUGAGUGCGAGUCGCUCUUGCGCAACCUGCCCAGCCACGGUUUGGAAGUCGAUAAGAUCCUGAGCGAGGCGGUCAAUUUGCGACUGGGUCAUCGAUUGGCGGUCGAGGCUGCGGCAAAUUCUGCAGGGACGGGGGGGAGAGCGGCAUUGGAAAAGGGCGCAAGGGACGACGAUGAGGAGGCAGAGGACGAUGAUAUGCCGAAGCCUUGGAGUCUUCAGCCUCUCUUCUUCGCAGCGGACGACGGCACGUUCGAUGAUUUCGCCUCCUCUUCCGAAGAAGAUGAGGGCACCGAUGACGCUAUCACGGAGUCCACUAUGGUAUCCUCGUCCUCAGUUGAAGCCAACGAUCCCUCAUCAAGCGCGCGGGACACGGCCUCACUUGCUGAACCGGUGAAGAUGAGGAACGUCGCCACCAACGGCACAGCGGCACCUCUUCCUCUCGAUCCAAGGCGGGAAGCUCUCCUCUCCUCCCUCCCCGGCGAGGGCGAUCUGGAUCCUCUGCUGGCCCGUCAUCUGUGGAGUGCCUCUAUCGCAAGAAAGAGGGAGGCGGCUGAGCGUGAACGAGCGAAGAGCAAAGGCCGGAGCAAAUCGAAGAGCACGAGUAAGAGUGGUCGUGCUGCAGGAUCGGCAAGAGACAGGGGAAGCUCGUCAUCAUCUGGUGAAAGGAGUGGAUCGGAGAUUGAGGAGGAAGACGAGGACGACUAUUAUAGUGGUGAAGAGCGCUAUCGCGAUUCCCCAUCCGAGGAGGCCGAGGAUGCGGAAGAGUACGACGAAGAGUACGAAGAAGACGACGACGAUGACGUACCCUCGCCUUCUACGCAACUCUCGUCGCUUCCUCAUCGUCCAGCCUUUGUCAGCAGUAGGACAGGUAGCGUGGAUGAUAUUCAUGCGUACACGCGGGCGGCUGGUGAGGGCGAGGAAGGAGGGAAGGACAAGUAGCGGAUCUCGCCAUUGAUACGUGCUGUAGACUUUUGAAUGCCAUCCCGGAAGAAAGGACCGUUGCUUCCUCUUUGCAUUUGCAUCAUUCUCAAAGUGGAAAGG